AUGAUUUUUUCGCCAAAAACCUUCAUUCCCAUUUCACCCUUCUGGUGUGUUUACGUUUUGCGACGAAACGACAAAGGCCCAGGAGCAACUCCGCCGCACAAAAGCAGGAAGCAGCGCAACAACGUUGUCGUGGCUUUUUUUUUUUUUAAUCUGACGAUGAUGGGUCUGAGCAAGCUCGGAACAGCGAUAACGGCGGUAACGGCCGUUACACUGGUGGCCCUGGCCGCGGAGAUCGUGUACGUCUUGUGGCAACGGCGUCAGAGGUUCCGUCCGCGCGUGCGCGUGGAGCCGCGGGAGGCUUCGCUCCAAUGUUCUACCUCGUCUUCUCCGAGCGAUGAUGACGUGGACCUGGAGCUGGAAGAGCACGUGAUGAAGUGGCACUGUCUUCACGGUCCCUCGAGGGUGCUCUUCACCAUCAAGGAGGAAGAGAGAGAAGAGGUCGAGUCCGAUAACGGUAACGGUAACGUUUCGUCCGUGGAGUGUACUAAAAAGGCGUGGGUGAGUGAGCGCGUGGCGGUGGAGGAGGUUGCAGUCGCGGUAGAAGAGUUGUUGGACGAGACGACACUUUUUUCAACGCCGUGUGCUUCACCUCCGUACUACACACCCUACGCUUCGCCGAUUCGCGAGGAGUGUCGUAAAGAUGUAAACGACGGCAAUGGAUGA